GCCCAUUUUGGAAAUAUCUUUCUGUGUGUUGACUUGGCGAUUAGAAUUGAGGAAGAUAGAGUUUGUUCAUGGUCUCUAUGGCCUCUACACCAUUGUCGUUUGAUUAUAUUUCUCCUCCUUUAACUUACCCUUGUUCGAAACAACUUCAAUCUUGGCAUAAUUGUCGAGCUAAAAAUGUUGUAAGAAUUUAUUGUUCUUCUCCCCAAACAAACAAAGAAAAGCAAAUCAAUCAGACAAAGAAGCAGAGAAAACCCAGACCAAGCUUUGUUAAACAAGUUCAAGAUAAAUGGUCUGUUAAACCCACUUCAUUGAGGGAGAAAUUCCCUUGGCAACAAGGAAAUUCAGUAUCAAUAGAACAAGUUGUACAACGACAAGUGCAGUUUUCUAAUUUAGAAAAUCCAAUAGUGAGUUCUGAUUCAAGAGUUAAGGUAAAUUUAGCUCCUUGGGUUCAUGGAAAACAACCCAAAAUAUCUCAGAUUGGUGAAAGCAGCACUGUUGGUAAAUCUCUUGAGCAUUGCGAAGAUAUUGUGUCAAAAUCUUUAAACAAACAAGCAAAUUUUGAUGGGAAGGAUGAGAAAGAUAUCAAAUUGGAAUCAAAGGUUGCAGAUAGAUAUGAGGUUGAAGCCCAUGUUGACAAGGGGAUUACUUAUGCUAAAGAUUCAGUAAGAUUGCCAUGGGAAGGUGACAAGUUGAGAAAAAGUAAUGCUGAAUUGGCAGAGAAAUUGAUACCUGAGGCUCAACUCAAGAGGCUUAGGAAUGCAGCAUUGAGGAUGGUGGAGAGAAUAAAGGUUGGGUCAGCUGGUGUAACACAGCAACUUGUUGACUCCAUUCAGGACAAGUGGAAAGUAGAUGAGAUCGUUAAAUUGAGAUUUGAAGGUCCUCCUUCACAUAAUAUGAAGAGGGCACAUGACAUUCUAGAGCAUAGAACAGGAGGAUUGGUGAUUUGGAGAUCAGGCAGUUCCAUAGUGUUAUACAGAGGAAUAUCAUACAAGCUUCCUUGUGUACAAUCAUUUACUUCAACAAACCAUGAUAUCCAUGAAUUGGAGUAUCCAAACAAUGCUAGUUGUCAAAGCGUUGGAGUCAAAUGCUUAAAUGAAGCUGCUGAAAGGCCAAAAAAUAGUUCCACUGAUCUGUCUGGUGAAGAAAUAGUGGAUUUAAGCGAGCUCAACAUGAUGUUGGAUGAAGCUGGUCCACGAUUUAAAGAUUGGUCAGGUCGUGAACCACUGCCUGUUGAUGCUGAUCUGUUGCCUGCUGUUGUUCCUGGAUAUAGACCUCCUUUUCGCCGUCUUCCUUAUGGAGUUAAGCUUAACCUAAAAAAUAAAGAAAUGACUUACCUACGCAGAACUGCGAGAAUUAUGCCCCCUCAUUUUGCUUUAGGAAGGAACAGACAACUGCAAGGUUUAGCUGCAGCCAUGGUGAAGCUCUGGAGAAGAAGCGCUAUUGUCAAGAUAGCCAUAAAACGUGGUGUGCUAAAUACAAGCAAUGAAAGAAUGGCAGAAGAACUUAAGGUAUUGACCAGAGGAACAUUACUUUCCAGGAACAAGGAUUAUAUUGUUUUUUACAGGGGUAACGAUUUCUUGCCACCUCGUGUAACAGAAGCGCUUGUAGAAGCAGAGAGAAAAAAUGUUUUCUUGCAGGAUCAAGAAGAACAAGCACGGCAAAGGGAAGCAACCCCUAUUUAUUCUGAUACUAGAGCUCCUAAAAGACCAUUGGUUGCUGGAACGCUUUCUGAAACUAUGGCAGCCACUUCACGCUGGGGAAACCAACCUAGUAUUGAAGAGAGGGAGAAAAUGAUGAGAGAUGCAGCUGUAGCAAGGCAUGCUUCUCUUGUGAAGUAUCUUGAAGAGAAGCUAGCCCUUGCAAAAGGCAAGGUCAAAAAGGCAGAAAAUAUGUUACGUAAAUUGCAUGAAAAUCGGGAACCAUCUGAGCUGCCAACUGAUUUGGAAAUAUUAUCUGCUGAGGAAAGGUUUCUUUUCCGCAAAAUGGGUCUUAGCAUGAAACCUUUUCUGCUUCUAGGGAGGCGAGAUGUUUUUGAUGGAACUAUAGAGAAUAUACAUUUACAUUGGAAAUACCGAGAGCUGGUAAAGAUCAUUGCGGAGAGGAGGAAUACAGCACAAAUAAAACACAUUGCAAUUACUCUUGAGGCUGAAAGCGGUGGCCUUUUGGUAUCUAUAGACAAGACUACCCAAGGCUAUGCAAUUAUACUCUAUCGUGGGAAAAAUUAUCAGCGUCCUAAUGAAUUCAGGCCCAAAAAUCUUCUGACUAAGAGACAAGCAUUGGCCCGUUCAAUUGAACUUCAAAGAUGCGAGGCACUAAAGCAUCAUAUAACAGAGUUGCAGGAUAAGAUUCAAAACUUGAAGUCUGAGCUAGAAGAUACGCACAUGGUUGAGGAGAUUGAUGAGGAAACCUUAUACUCAAGAUUAGAUGUAUCUGAUGAUGAGGAUGACAUGGAAAAGCAAUUUGAUGCAGAGGAUCAGAGCUAGUAAUAGCCUAAUGGUUUUUAAGGAUGGUGUUGCAUUGUUGCUCAACUGAGGCUGCAGGGUGAAGCGAAGUUGUACCUUCGGAGGCGCUAAAGUAUAGAAUAGAGUCGAGUCCCUUUUUUAGCUGGGAGGCGCAAAAUACCUGAAGGCAUCUACUAGUUUUUGAGUGUGAGCUCGUCCUGCGAAUCCUACCCGAUGGACAACUUGUUUUGUCUGCCCUCAAAUUUCUUGCAAGAGCCCGUCUUGUGUAGAUUAGAUAUUUUUACCUGCUGUGUACAGUACAACAAUCCUGAAAUGCGAAUAAUCUUGCAAGCCUGAAAGUAAAAUUUGUUAUUGCUUUGGU